AUGCGCAGCAACAGGCCGCCAUGGCAAGUUGAAGAGUUUUUGCAAUUCUCGCCGUCUCCCGUCGGUAUCCCUGGCGCCUUGCUCGCUACCAAGAAGCUUCGCAGCCUUCGACAGGCCAAUACGAGCAACAACGUCAAGGGCAUGAACCAAGUCCAGGACGAUUCGGAUGGCGGUGGAAACACUGGCGGCAGUGCCGUUGAGAGCGCCAAUGGAGCCAGCAUCGAUCCAAACAACACCCUCAGUACCCAGUCCGGUGUCGAUGUCGAACCAGCCCAACCACUGGGCGACAAUCUCGGGAAGCAUCAAAGCAGCGGCACACGAGAUAUCCAACCCCCAUCCAGCCGUGACGGCGGCUAUGAAAUGAGCGACAUGAGCGGCUCCCACUCGUCUUCUUCCCCUUCGCCGGGCGUUACGCCAGCCACGAAGCUGGAGAAGUAA